AUGGUUCGGUUGUCUUCUGCUCUCAGGAAGUCUGCCCUCUGCGGGCUCCUCGCCGCCUCCUGCGGCCAAGCCAUCUCUCCGGCGCCUCGGACGCUUCGCCAACGUGCGCCGCACGUGGUUACCGCUGUUUCGGAACCUAGUCCAACCACCAUCACUGUUGUGUCUGAGUGCCAUCUUCACGGGACGGUGCAAUACUGCCAGGCAGGGACAACCGAGUUCAGCGUAUCGGGCACCGCCACCGCUUCAUCCUACACCGACUGCCACAAGCAUGGAGCCGACACAUACUGUAUGGCGCCAACGGGCGAAGUGCAAAUCAUUGCCGUUCAGGCCUCUUCCGGGACCGUCACAUCAACCCCUACUCAGAUUCCUGACGUCUCCUCGACCAUUACCGCCGUAUCCGAAUGCCACCUCCAUGGCUCCGCCCUCUACUGUAUGGCUGGCACGGCCGAGUACGAGGUACACACGACCGUGACCGCAACCCAAGACAUCCCAGCCGCCUUCACAGCGUGCCACAGCCAUGGAUCAGAGACGUUCUGUGUCGCGCCUAACGGGGAGGACGUAGAGAUCCACGCAGCCGGAGAGGAGGAGGAGGAGACUACCGACGAGCACGCCUCUGCCGGCCUGAACUGCCACUUCCACGCCGGUGUAGAGCACUGUACUGGCAGCUCCGAGAGCGAGUCCAGCCAAGUGAGCUGCGCCCGCAUCGAGAGAGACUACAACGUCCGUCUCCGCAUCGGCCUCCUGUUCGUCAUGCUGGCGACCAGCGCAAUCGGCGUCUUUACCCCGAUCCUCGUGGCCUCCUUCAUCUCUCCCAAACACGCCGUGUUUACCGUCCUGAGGCAGUUCGGCACGGGCGUCAUCAUUUCGACUGCCUUCGUCCAUCUCUUUACGCACGCCGGCCUCAUGUUCCAAAAUGAGUGUCUUGGUGAGCUCGCGUACGAGUCCACGGCCGCCGCCAUCCUCAUGGCCGGCCUGUUCCUGUCGUUCCUCGUCGAGUACGCCGGCAACCGCUUUAUCCAGUGGCACGAAUCCAAGGCCCGAUCCGACAGCGUCGAGUCGGCCGGGCACGCGCCCGCCGCCAAGACGGACAUGGUGAACAUUGGUGUCCUCGAAGCCGGCGUCAUCUUCCAUUCUCUGCUCAUCGGCCUCACUCUCGUCGUGGCUGGCGACGCCUUCUUCCUGACCCUCUUCGCCGUCAUCGUCUUCCAUCAAAUGUUCGAAGGCCUGGCCCUAGGCACCCGCAUCGCCGCUCUUGGCCGGCCCUGCCCGACCUCAACCUCCCCAACCGCCGGCCACGGCGGCCACAACCACGUCCACGGCCACGAGCACUACCACGACCAUACCGCCGACGCAAACCCCCCCGGCGCCGCUGCCACUACUGAGCCCAAAUUUAACCCUUCUUCAGUAACUGACGAGUCUAACAGCACGCACACCCUUACCCCUACUACCAACGCCGCCGCCGCCGCCUCGCACGAUGCUAGCAGUGGUGGUGGUGGUAGUGGUGGUGGUGUGUCGAUGCGCCAGAAGGUAUUCCUCGCCGCGGCCUUUGCCGUCGUCACGCCGCUGGGGAUGGGCAUCGGGAUCGGGGUGCUGCACAACUUCAACGGCAACGACCCGGCCACUGUCAUCGCGAUCGGCACGCUCGACGCGCUGUCGGCGGGUAUUCUGGUGUGGGUGGGCGUGGUCGAGAUGUGGGCGCACGACUGGAUGCUGGGCGGCGAGAUGACGAGGGCGAGUCCCGUGAGGACGGCGGUGGGGAUGGUUGCGCUUUUGGUGGGCAUGGCGUUGAUGAGUUUGUUGGGGAAGUGGGCUUGA